AAGGCCACAAUAGACUAUUUUAUUAUCUCUCGGCGCCAGAUAUAUAUUAUGUUACACAGUACAUGACAUCCAACACCAUCGCGGUGAGGAGAGGACACUGGUCUGCCUCGGAGCAGGCGGCGUUCAGGAGCCCGGACGCUGGAGGAAGAAAGCUGAACUCUUCUGUCUCUGCAGUCGUCUUGACUCGGGAGUGAGACCCCUAUAAAACUAAGCAAUCCCAGAUUGCUGCAGAAGAGAGCUUUAAGCUUCCAGAAAGAAUUCUCGUUCGAAGAAAAAGACGACCCAGCCAAAAGCACCAAGGAUAUAGAUGUUAGUCUUUUGCCCAAUCUCCCCAAAGUCUCUGAAUUGAGGAAACGAUUUGAAAGCAUUACGACAAGCGCAAGUGACUGGGAAAUGAACAGAAAGGAACGUAUUGCUCGGCGGUUGGAGGGAAUAGAGGGUGAGGUGCAUCCGUCUCUGCUGCCUAGCUUGGUGGCCAACCGGCUUCUAGAGGAGGAUACGCCGAGAUACACCAGGGCCUCUGACCCCUGUGAACCCUGCGGUGUGACAGUGCAGCGAUAUGGCUCAGAGGGAAUCGAAAGCCCAGAAAUGCAGCUGACGGCUCCGGAGCGACAGUCCAGAGCUCGAUCCAGGCCUGACCCUCAGUUCUCCAUCCACACAGAGCCAGUCUACAGUUCAGGCUCCACCACCAGUGGCCUGGAGCUGGAGUCCAAGGCCGAACGAAUCGCCCGCUACAAAGCGGAACGGCGUCGGCAGCUGGCUGAACGCUACGGUAUCUCCUUGGAUCAGGAGCCGGACUUGGACUAUCCCUCCCGCUACACUCGCACCAGGAAGGAGUCGGAAGGCUCAGAGAAGCGGAUCAGAGGGGAGUCUGUGGGGGAAGAAGGGAGAGACAUCACCCUGACUUCCUACACCAGCACCUCUGCCACUAGCCCAAAGCCGGGACGCACAGCACCACACUACAGCCACACCGACCCGGGUUACGAGACGGCCCGAACCAGGGUGGAUUCAUUCUCAGAGAGGGAGAGGCUGAUGAACCUGGAGAAUCAACGCAGGGCCGCGCCUCCUGAGCCGCCAUCCUCCUCAGCAUACAUGGAUGUGACAUCAGUGUCUACGGCGGCCAGGGUGCCCGCCAGGGACUAUUCAGUCACAGGGAUGCCACCCAGUUCACCCAAGCUGAGCAGGCACCCUUCCCUCUCCUCACCUAAACAAGGUGCGUCUCCCGGAGACCUCUUCAUCGAGCAGCAGGCCCACAACAUCCUCAGCAGACAGGGAAUCAGAGUUAGGGAGAGGCUUGCGAGGGAGGAGGGUCGCCAGAGGAGCCCAGAGCUGGGACAUGUUACAGAAGCCCCAGUGUACCGUAGACAAUUUCAGCACCAGUCCCAGACUUCAUCACGCUACCACACAGACCCACCGGGCCCCCAGCAGGCCAGUGCCCAUCCCCACCAUUAUACCCAGGCUCCGCUCACCCGACCUGGGCAAGCAGGAGGACAGGAAGUUAUUGGUUACCCGAGUUACCUCUCCAUGACCUCUGGUCCCGCAUCCAGAGGCGGGCAACAGCAGCAGCAGCAGCAGCAGCAGCCGCGGGAGCAGCCGCGGGAGCAGCAGCAGCCGCGGGAGCAGCAGCAGCCGCGGGAGCAGCAGCAGCCGCGGGAGCAGCCGCGGGAGCAGCAGCAGCCGCGGGAGCAGCAGCAGCCGCGGGAGCAGCAGCCGCAGCAGCCGCCCAGGGACGAAGAGCCUGAGGAGACAGAGGAUGUGAAGACAGAGGGCCUCCUGAAGAGUAGAAAAGCAGUGCUGCCCUCAGAGAUCCGCCGUAGGGAGAGGAGCACUGAGGACCCACGGAGAGGAAGAGGGGAAGAAGACCUGGGGAUGUCCAGGGUGCAAAGUUUCAGCCAGACAAGGGAGGCCGAGGCAGAGGAUUUUACAAGAGAAAGACACAGAGGCAGAGCCAGGCGGGAUGAAACAGAGCGCUCCUCCCGUCUGCAAGCAGUAGAGAGCAGGUCCAGAGAGUGGGAAAAUGCCUUUCAUAUCCACAAAGGGGUGCCCUCGACCCACAUCCAGCCCAGAGCGGCACAUGUAGGCCCAGGAGGCUCCACCUCCAGCACAGCCCUGAGUCACUCGGUGUCAGAUGCUGUGGAUCCACAAGAGCCCACUCAGAGGAACCUGCAGCACCACGCCCACGACCCCUGGGAGGUCAAGCAGGGUGAAGGUUUCAGUAAUGGUCACCAUGACACCCGGGUGUCUGUGGCCCAGCUCAGACAUUCCUACAUGGAGAGCACCACCACCCCUCCAACCAGACGCAGGAAUGAGCUUGAGGUUGAAGGGGACAGGGCACUCGCGGGCUACGAGGCCCCUUGGAGAGGGGAAAGGGACAGGGGGCGCAGGCCCCGUCAGUAUAUCUAUCCCGGGGAGAGUAGAAAGACCUCAGAGAGGUUUAGGACGCAGCCCAUCACUUCUUCUGAGCGCCAGGAGACUGAUAGGUCCUGUGUGAGUUCAGAUUUUGCUUCCACUGAGGCUGAUGAAGAGAAGCUGGAUGAACGGGCCAAGCUGAGCGUCGCGGCCAAGCGCUCUCUGUUCAGGGAACUAGAGAAGAGCAUCGAUUGUGGAGCUCCUAAGCCCCGAUCCAGGAAUGCAGCGGUGGACAGGAGACUAAGGCGGACACAAGACCGAUCCAGAACUCAGCCAGUCACCACUGAGGAAGUAGUCAUAGCCGCCACCGUCCCCACUCAUGUGCCACAAACGGUGACUGUUCACACUGCUGUAGCACGCAUCCCUAGCCCCACCCUAGUUUGCAGCACUAUCCCACCGUACAGCCUGCAGGCAUCGUCACAUCAGAGCGCUGCCGCCAAGGAGCAGGUACGGGAGGUCCGUCCGAUGCAGGACACACACGAGGCCCAGGGCUCUAAGACGGUGUCCACAGUGGAGGGAAAAGACCAGGGACAGGGUCAGGAGGAGCCUGACCUCUGUACGCUCAGCCUGGCAGAGAAGAUGGCGCUGUUCAACCGACUGGCUCAGCCUCCAACCAGGGUUACCCGCACCAGAGGGGACACACGCCAGCGCAGGGCCAACGCUCGCUACCAGACCCAGCCCAUCACACUGGGAGACAUGGAGCAGGAGUCCUCAGACAUAGACUCCGGGGAUGAACAGGAGCUGUGUGACAGCCCAGUAGAGCACCUACAACUUCAGAAUGGUACCGGCUCUCGGUUCGGACACCUCCCCUCUUCAUCCUCCUCCUCUGCACUGAGAGCCGGAGCCACCGUAUCCACUGACCACGCUGGAGACAUCCACAUAACCAGAGCACCAGCCCGGGUUGAAAACCUCCCUCCCAGCUCUGACAGGUCUCUGCCCCCUUGCCACCCUGAUGGCCUGGCCUCGAGGUUCCAGGACUCCGUGGACCACCAGACGUACCGAAUCUUGCCCCAGGGAGAAGACGGGGGUGAUCUGGGAGGAGGCAAAAGGAGGCUGCCCUCUCCUGAGGGAGCGGUCAGGCAGGCCGCUCCGUCCCAGCCCCAGACUGGAAGAGAGUGGAGAGGGGAGGAGGAGGAGGAGGUGGAGCAGCAGCAGCUGUCCAGAGGGAGGCGAGACGAAGCCAUACAGAGCUCAGAGAGCCACAUGGUUGUGGAGAGGCAGGAGCAGGGGUAUCUGAGGGAGGAAGGGCACUCCCCUGACUGCCAGAGGAGCAGAGGCAUCAGUGGAGAGCUGCUGGACUCCGCCGUGGUAACAUCCAGAGCAACAUCUGGUUCGCCCAGGACUGCGUGUCAGCCUCCAGUAGCGGAUACGCUCGCAGACGGCAGCGGACACAUAGCCGGCCUGGUUCAGCCUGAGCAAGGAGACGAACUGAGCGACAUGAUGAUGGCCAGACACAUGUCCAUCAAAGAGAGAGUUGCCUUGUUGAAGAAGAGUGGUGAGGAGGACUGGAGGAAUAGGAUCAAUAAGAAGCAGGAGGUGGUGAAGGCCGCCGCGGGCGAGCAUCAUGCUCAUCUCUGGGAGGUGGAGCAGAGCUUCAAGAAGAAGGACGAUGAAGCACUGAUGAUGAUCGAUGAGUUUGCUGUGUCCGACCAACUAUGGGAGCCAGUCUUUGCCUCUACUUUCUCUCCUGCUCCUGAGCCUCCUUUCCAUACCUCUUCCCCUGAUGAGUCAGCCAGCCAGGCCACCAGAUCUCCCAGACCCAUGCAGGUGGAUGAGAGACACCCCUGGAGACGGAAGAGAAUAGCUGAGGCUGAGAUCGAGUGCCAGGGGAUUGAGGCUCACAUGUCCAUCCAGGAGAGGAAACAGCUGAUAGUGGCCCAGGAGGAGGCCUGGAAGACCAAAGGCCACGGAGCCGCCAAUGACUCCACCCAGUUCACUGUGGCCGCACGCAUGGUGAAGAAAGGGUUGGCCUCCCCCUCUGCCCUCCAGUCUCCAGUGCCAUCCAAACCUAAGAACAGCAGCCUCGCCAUCUCCAAACCACAAGAAGACGUGGAGGACAUAUCUGAUACUGAAGAGAUCAAGGCCAUACCAGAUCUGAACCUGGAGUCAGACAAGAAGCUGGAUAAUCUGGAGUCAUUCCUAGGCAGGCUCAACAGUAAAGUGUCUGGGCUGCCAGAAGCCACCAUCACAGUGACAGAGAAGAAGGUGAAGGAGGUGAUGACCCUCGAAGAUGAAACUUUCUCUAAGUUCUAUCGCCAAGUGGAGGAGCUCCCCUCCAUCACCAACAAGGUGGAGAUAGGUGACGACUUUGAUGCCAUCUUCGGCCCCCAGGUGCCAAAGUUGACCUCGGAGAUGGUGCAGCACAAGCGGGCGGUGCGCCCGGCGCGUAACGUCCAGUCAUCCAGGAACCCUCUGAAGAUGCUUGCCGCCAGGGAGGACAUCAGACAUGAGUACACAGAGCAGAGGCUCAAUGUGGGCCUGCUGGAGAGCAAGAGGAUGAAGGCUGAGAAGAUGAAUAAGAACUCUGGUUUCUCUGAGGUGGCUCUGGCUGGUCUUGCCAGCAAGGAGAACUUCAGCAACGUCAACCUGCGCAGUGUCAGCAUCUCCGAACAGAUGUCCAACAACAGCGCUGUGCCUUACAAGAAGCUCAUGCUCCUGCAGGUCAAAGGCCGGAGGCACGUCCAGACCAGGCUGGUGGAGCCCAGAGCGUCCUCCCUGAACAGCGGCGACUGUUUCCUGCUCCUCACGCCGCACCACUGCUUCAUCUGGACUGGAGAGUUUGCCAACGUCAUUGAGAGGAACAAGGCUUCGGAGUUGGCCAACUUCAUCCAGAGCAAAAAGGAUCUGGGUUGUCGUGCUAACUACGUCCAGGUCAUCGAGGAGGGCGUCAACACAAACAGCCACAGUUCCAAGGAGUUCUGGAAGAUUCUGGGCGGGCAGUCAAGUUAUCAGUCUGCAGGAACGCCAGAUGAAGACGAGUUGUAUGAAGGUGCCAUUGUGGAGACAAACUGUAUUUACCGCCUGAUGGAUGACAAACUCGUCCCCGAUGAUGAUUUUUGGGCCAAGAUGCCUCGCUGUUCUUUGCUCAACCCCAAGGAGGUUUUGGUGUUUGACUUUGGCAGUGAGAUGUACAUAUGGCACGGGAAGGAAGUGACGCUGGCACAGAGGAAGGUGGCCUUCCAGCUGGCCAAGCACCUGUGGAACGGCACCUUCGACUACACAAACUGUGACAUCAACCCGCUCGACCCGGGAGAGUGCAAUCCACUCAUACCCAAGAAAGGCCAGGGCCGACCUGACUGGGCAGUGUUCGGCAGACUGACUCAACACAAUGAAACCACUCUGUUCAAAGAGAAGUUCCUGGACUGGAGUGACUCCAGGAAAACACCCAGUCCCACAAAAAACACCAACGACCACAUCGCUGAUCAGAAGGAGCAGUACACCUCAGAUCAGCCUCGUGCAUACGAUGCUGCCCUGAUGCUGCCUGUCCAUCAGACGCCUGUCUGCACCAAACUGGAUGGGUUUAAUGUGGGGCGGGGCUACGGCCUGGUGGAGGCAGAGGAGUGGCGGAGCUACGAGAUCAGCACUCUAGCGGUGGAGGUUUGGCACAUCCUGGAGUUCGACUACAGCCGCCUGCCGCGCCAGAGCAUCGGCCAGUUCCACGAAGGUGACACCUACGUGGUAAAAUGGAAGUACAUGGUCAGCACUGCUGUUGGGAAGAGACAGAAUCCCGAGCAGCUGAAGACGACGGGGGCUGGGAAGGAGAAGUGCUGCUACUUCUUCUGGCAGGGCCGCAACUCCACCGUCAGCGAGAAAGGAACGUCGGCACUGAUGACGGUGGAGCUGGACGAAGAACGAGGAGCACAGGUUCUAGUCCAGCAGGGUAAAGAACCUCCAUGUUUCCUGCAGUGCUUCAAAGGAGGGAUGGUUGUCCACUCAGGGAAGAGAGAAGAGGAGGAGGAAAGCUCACAGAACGACUGGCGUCUGUAUUGUGUGCGGGGAGAGGUGGAGGUGGAGGGCCACUUGCUGGAGGUGGCCUGUCACUGCAGCAGCCUGCGCUCCAGAGUCUCCAUGGUGCUGCUGAGCGUCAGCCAGGCCCUCAUCUACCUGUGGCACGGCUGCAAGUCUCAGGCACACACACGGGACGUGGCAUGCACCGCCGCCAACAAGAUCAAAGAACAUUGUCCUCUGGAAACAGGCCUCCACAGCAGCAGCAAGGUGACCAUCCGGGAAUGUGAUGAGGGAGCAGAGCCCACGGGAUUCUGGGAAGCCCUCGGGAGGAGGGACAGGAAAGCGUACGACUGCAUGCUGCAAGACCCAGGCAGGUUUAAUUUCACACCUCGUCUCUACCAGUUGAGCAGCAGUUCAGGGGAUUUUGCAGCUGUGGAGUUCCUCUACCCAGCCAGAGACCCCAAGCAGGUCAACUCUAUGCCCUUCCUACAGGAGGACCUUUAUGCAGCUUCCCAGCCAGCCCUGUUCCUGGUGGACAACCACCAUGAGGUUUACCUGUGGCAGGGCUGGUGGCCCCAGGACAGCGAAAGUACCGGUUCAGCCCGAAUCCGCUGGGACUCUGACAGGAAGUGUGCCAUGGAGACUGUGCUGCAGUACUGUAAAGAAAAGAAUGAGAAGAAGCCUCCCAAAGCUUAUCUGAUCCACGCUGGUCUGGAGCCGCUCACCUUCACCAACAUGUUCCCCAGCUGGGAGCACCGAGAGGACAUCGCUGAGAUCACUGAGAGGGAGGCAGAGGUGUGUAACCAGAUUAUCCUGGUGGAGGAUGUGUUGGCCAGGCUCUGUAAAACCACGUAUCCCCUGUCAGACCUUCUGGCCCGGCCGCUGCCCGAGGGAGUCGACCCUCUUCGUCUGGAGGUCUACCUGUCUGAUGAGGACUUUGAGGGUGUAGGUGCUUAUAGAAAGAAAGCCCUGGAGAUGACCAGAGAGGAUUAUGGGGGUUUGCCCGUCUGGAAACAGGUGAACUUGAAGAAAGCCAAAGGACUUUUUUAACAGUCAAAACAGAACUAAAGACAUGAAAUAAAAGCCACCAAGAUGUUGCUUUGUCACCUCUUUUGUUUACACCCGGACACAACGGAGGCUCAGGGGCAGCCUCUCCUGAGUUAACCUGGUAACGGAGGGUCGAGGUCGGACGAGGGGAGUUAAAAAAAAGUUGUGGAAGAGAAACUCGGCCGGCGAGAGGUGUGCCAGCUUCUCGUGCAGCAGAUUUCCUUCUCAUCUGCUUUUUGUGUUGGUGGUUUGGUUGUGUGAGUGGGAGACAAACGUAGGCAGAUGCGCCUCGGAGUGAAUGCGUUAAUAAUAGUGCUUGUUUAAAUUGACAAUUAAUGUUUGUACAUAUGUACAAUACACAGGACAGUCAGUGCCCUUACACUGUCAGCAAUGCAGCCAUUCAUCAGAGCAGGAGCAGGCCGGUCAGCCUGUUCGACUCACUCCACAUUAGACUCUCUGCUAUUCUUGUAUGUAUGUGCAUUACAAAUAAUUUAUAUUUAUAUCAAAUAGGAUUUUUUUUCAAACCCUCAUGAAUAUUUACUGAACUAAAAUAAUGAAAUAAACUGUAAAAUGAAUGAAUGUUGAGGAGGUUUGUGUCAUAUGUUGGUAAAUCCUGGAUUAUCACAGAAGCUCUGUCUUGCUGUACAGUUCACCGUUUGCCAUUUACAGAUCACAUGAUGCAGCUUUAUUUGGAUGCGUUUAGUGUCAUUGUGUCAGGUAGAAUAAAGGAGCGAUGACUGAGUGAUGAUGAAAUGUAUUUGAUUUUUAAGUCCUACAGUGUAUAGUGCCUUGCUUUGUGUACAGUUUAUAUACAGAUCAUAGUCUGCAUUUUGAAGACUUUCUUUGUGAUAUAAAGAACUAUUAGAGAAAUAAACCCUGAAA